UUUCCUGGUGUGGACGGCAGCCGUGGGUGGGCAUAGCAAGAUGGCGCGCUCCGGGUGGCAUCACGGUGUGUCUAUGUCUCUGCACCAACCCGCUGCCAUUAGCAGCACUAAGCACUAAACACAAAAUGUUGUACGCUCAAGAGACACAAAAUUUUCGUCUCAACAUUACCAAGUAGUAGCUGUUAUCGAGGGUGCCCCCAGACACGCCCUGGGGCGGGGUGUUCCGUGUGUCGGGGCGGGACGCUCGGCGACCGUCAGCCCCUCGCCCCGCCGCGGCCUUGUGGGAGUCAGUCCUGCGACCUGCUGAGGCGAGCCACUCUUUUACGUGUGCAGGAAUUCGCGCAUUGUCCACAGGAAGGGGAAGUGUAGUUGUGGUGCAGCUAGUGUGUGUGCGUGUAUGCAUGUGGGAAAUGUUGAGGACAUGAACCGAGGAAAGUGAAGGCAGGCGCUCAGCAUGGAAGCAGCGGCAGGAGGUGGUGAUAGCGGAGGAGGAGGAGGAGGAGGCAGCAACAGUAAUGGCAGCAGUAACAGCAGCGGCCCCGCAAGUCAGAAGGAUAUCCUGACUGCCCAGCUGCUGCUCAAGAAGGGGAAGCGCUACGCUGCAUCCUAUCUGAAGGAUGAGUGCCUCAGGAACCUCUCCCCCAAUGACACGGAGGCGCCACGCACACAGGUGUUGGGGGAGUUCCUGGACCUGCUGCUGAACCCCGCCAUGCCCAUGAAGAACUGGGACACCGUGGACUGGCUCAAGUGGCUCAUGGCGGGGGGCAAGACGCCAGACGAGUUCUUCAAUACCGUUCGCCGCUACGACAACGCGACGACCUGCGGCCUGGUGUGGACGGCGAACUUCGUGGCGUACCGGUGUCGAACGUGUGGCAUCUCCCCGUGCAUGAGCCUGUGUGCCCAGUGCUUCCAGGAGGGAAACCACGAAGGACACGACUUCAACAUGUUCAGGUCACAGGCGGGCGGCGCGUGCGACUGCGGCAACUCGGCGGUCAUGAAGGAGUCGGGGUUCUGUCACCGGCACGGGUCGCAGGCGCAGCUCAACAAGCCUGAGGUGCCGCCCGACCUGCUGGCCCUCGCUGACGCCCUCAUGCCCAGGAUAUUCCUCCGCUUUGUCCAGCACUGUCGAGACCACAGCUCUGAGUCGCUGGACCAGGUGCUGGAGGCGAUGGAGGAGGCAGCGCUGUUCCUGGACCUGUUGCAGGAGCUGAGUCGCCUCGGAGCAGCCAUGAGGAAAACAAUGACCAAGUCCCUCUGUAACCCAAAGGUUUACCAUGAGCUAACUCGCGUUUCAUCACGGCAUCAGGACUCUGAAUACCUCACUCAGAGCAAGAAGUCCUAUGAGGAGGCACUCAAUAGUAUUCCCUUUGGAGAGGUCCCACCGGGAUAUGAGGAUGUGGCCACCCUAAAUGGGCCUCUUGUCCACAAGACUUUUUUAGAUGAAAUAGUGUUUUGGACAGUCAAGUUUGAGUUCCCCCAAAAGUUAGUGUGUCUGCUCCUGAACAUGCUGCCAGACACUGAGUAUGAGGUGAGAGUGUUGGACGUGUGGGAUGCAAGUGAAGUGGUCUGUAUAGUCGAUGCCUUUGCAAAGGCCUUUGUGCAGCACUACAGCCGCAUCUCUGUCAUGUUGGUGCAGAGCACAGACUCAGAGACGCUAAGUAAUCGUGUGGUGCACGUGUCUGUGCAGCUGUUCUCUGAUCAGGACCUGGCCUAUCGCAUGACUGACUCCUUUCACCUCCUCCAUGUCAUGAUUGUCAGCCUUAAGAACAUGAUGAAGUCCAUCUGCGUGCCAUCAACUCUCCAUGACAAGAUGCAAAAUACUCAUCGUGUGGUCAACUGUGCAAACCAUGUCAUGAAGGACCACUGCUACUGGCCGCUGGUGUCAGACCUCAACAACGUUCUGUCUCACAAAGCUAUCGCUGUCAAGUUUAUGAGUGACCAUCGCCUCAUCCAGGAGUGGUUCUCAUUCCUCUCAAUGUUUCAAGGAAUGAAUGUCAAUGUAAGGGAGUUAACGCAGCACGUAGAGUUUGAGCCUCAGACGUACUACGCGGCCUUCAGUGCAGAGCUGGAGGCAUCGGCGUCUCCCAUGUGGGCGCUGGUCUCUCACCUGCGGGACUCAGACACGUGGCACUACACCUUUUCAGUGCUGCGGGAGUGCCUGCACGCCCUCAGCUCCUGGUUCAAUGCUGUUGGCUUCUCUCACUCAGAUCUGGGCAAUCCAUACCAGGUGUCCUUCCACUUGCCACUGCACAGGUACUACUCAGUGUUCAUGUGCCAGGCAGUGAAGGCUCAGGGGGCACUGUUGAGUGAAGUGCUGCCGUCACAGGACCUGCUGCAUCACAUCAUGGUGCACCCACUCAGGCUGCAGGCUGCUUUCUAUGAAAUCCUAAGUGGCAUGUGGGUAAGAAAUGGGCUGCAGAUCAAGGGGCAGGCCAUGACAUACAUCCAGUGCCACUUCUGUAACUCCAUGGUGGAUGCUGACCUGUACCUGCUCCAGAUCUGUGCUGGGGAGCUUCCCGCUGACAACUUCAUCCUCACUGUGCUGGACAGGUUUCAUGUGCUGGAAUCCCUAAGUGUGUCUCCGAGGGCAUCCAACAGCUUCCUGGACUCUGAGCAUGAGAUGACCAUUUUGGAGUCCUGCCUCACCUUUCUUGCCACACUCAUGACUGUGCGGACCAACAUCGGUCUGAGUGAGAGUGAACUUGCCAAGUUAGAGAUGGUGACGCUGCUCUGCAUGGGAGACAAGACACACUCACAGCUGAUGGAGUGCAUGCCAGAGAAGUGUGGCAGUGCUGCGCAGAGUAGAGACUUUGAGUCAGUGCUGAGCAAGGUGUCAUCAUACCGUGCUCCAAACUUCGAGGCAUCAGGCACAAUGCAGCAAGGCAUGUACAUCCCCCGAGAUGAGGUGUGGGAAGACCUCUACGACCCCAUAUACAUCCUCCUACGAGCAGUGCAGAGGCGAGACUUUCAAGCCUCUCUGGACAGAUUUAAGUUAUUCUGUAAGCAGUCAGGCAACAUCACCAGUUCGGGAGACUUGUGGCCACCCUUUCGCCUGCCCAGCCCAGUUUCUAGCCCAUACACCGACCCCCAGAGGAUAAUCGCUUGUCGCAGCUUUCAUGCUGUGAUUUUUAUGUUGCUGUACAAGGCCCUCAAUGAAGUGUCUACUACAGACCACCUGCUUGCCCUCACUGUGUACCUGCUGGAGCUGACCACUGAGUAUCAGGCACAGCACCGGUCACAAGGAGGUGAAAUGAUGGCAGCACAGUACUAUGACAGCAUGAUAGAGACAGAUGAAGAUAAACCUGAUGGACAGUUCUGCAAGUGGUUUGCAACUGACGACGUCUUUACUAAUGUGAACUGUGUGGUGUCCAGAGUCCACCUCAACCCCACCCCUUCUGUCAGCUCCUGUUCGGAUGGUGAGCUUGAUGGCUCCGAUCUGGAGAUGGAUGAGCUGGAGGGAGGGGAGCCCCGGCUGGCCCUGAGGGGAGCACCUCGUCCCCGCCCGCUGCCAGCUGGUUCUGAACUAGUCAUUUAUCGUCAAGGUGCCACAGCAGUAGUGCCAUCAGGGGUUGAGCUGCCCACCACACCUGACACCCCAACACAAGACCACACCUCCCCCCUUGCCCUGCCCCCUACUUCCCCCACCUCCUCCUCUACCAACAUGCUGGUGCCAGCUACCCAGAGUGGUACUCCAGAUGGGUCUGCAGCUCAGGCCUCAUUGCCAGCACCUCUUCAGUACCCCAGUUUGUUGGCAGGCAAUGAGGUUGGCCGGAUAGGUAGUGAGAGUGGUGGUCGUGGCAGUAGUGGCAGAGGGGCCCCAGCUUGCAGUAGCCGAGGCCAUCAUGGACGCUGCUUCAUGCUGCAGCACCACUUCCACCAACGGUCACGGCGGCCUGCCGGUCCCCCCAAGGCCCUUCCUCCACCUGCUGAUGGCUCUCCACCCUCCCUCCAGGGCACUCCACCAGUGCCAGACAUCUCGCAUUUCUCUUCAUACCCACAGAUAGACUCAGGUGAUGAGUAUGUGUCUGUUGAGGAGUCAAUCAUCUCACUGCUCAUCAAGCUGCACUCUAAGCUCUCGGGGAAACCCAACUCCUACCGUCCAAACUUCUCUGACACCACUGACUCCCGGAUAGGUGAUGGGCCAUUCUUCAUAGCCAAAUUGCUUAACAAACUUGGUCGCUAUGAUGCCUCAGUCAGGAAAGGCAUCCUGGACACCAUCUCCUACCUCUACAGUCAGAAAGAGGAAGAGUCUUCCGCCUCUUCUGAGGAGGAGGCUCGAGCGAGGGAGGAAAAGAGAAAGAGAGCAAGAGAGCGACAAAAGAGAGUCAUGGCAGAGUUUGCCAACCGCCAGCGCCAGUUCAUGGAGCAGAACCGGACAGACGCAGCAGAGUUUGAGGCAGGAGGAGCCGAUGCAAUGGAGGUGGAGGAGGAACAGGUGGAGCGACACAAAGAGUAUGACUGUGUAAUCUGCAACCAGUCCAUCCCUUCCACUCCCGAGCGGCCGGUGGGGCUGGUGGUGCUGCUGCAGGCCACCAGUGUGUUGGGUCACCGAACCUCAUCCCAGAAGCCCCUGAGUGUCCCUACUAGUGACGCUGAGAAGGCAAGACUUAGGCAGCGGCGGUACACCCUUGCCCAGUACAUGGAGGAGCGCGCCGACACUCUCAACAGACAUUUUGACUAUAACUCCUGGUUGGUGUCCAUGAACAUUGGGUGGGAAGGAGGAGUGCAUGUCCAGACCUGUGGCCACCACCUCCACCUGGACUGCCACCAAUCCUACCUCCUCUCCCUCCGCUCCCAAGACCGCCCCAACAACCCCCUCAAUGUGGAGAAGGGUGAAUAUGGGUGCCCUCUUUGCCGACAACUUGGGAACUCUGUGCUGCCCAUCUCCCCGGAAAUUGGUGAUCUGUCAGCCCUAGUGAAGCAUCCCGCCACCUGUGAUACUAGUUUAGUAGAAGAAAUUGACCGGCUGUUGCACGACUUAACAGUUCCGACAUUCAGUAGUUCCCUGACUAAUGCGAUGGCCCGCAUGAUGGAGGACAUGACUGUGGCCACCUACCCUAAGUACCGUAGUGUUUCCUCCAACCCGUCCACGCCUUCACUCGUCAUGUUUGUGUCGUCCAUCCUGCGCACCAACCUGGAGGUGGAGCUGGUCCAGCGUGGUGGCACUCUUGUCUGUCACACCCACGACCCCAAGAUGGAUGUCAAGCGCUCCUGUUUAAUGCCACUGCUCCACGUUCUUGGCUUCCAUUCCAAGAUCCUGAGUGGUGGUGGAGACUCCCCUAUAGCAGGUGUUGGGGGAAGCCUGCAUUGGAUACGGCAAACCUGGGCUUCCAUAAGCCAGCAGCCAGUAGCCGGCAGUGAGGGUGCUGUCACACCAAGGGAGCGGGAGGUGCCACUACUGCUGAGGGAUCCAGUCACUCUUCUCCUGCAGCUCCUCCUCCUCCUGCCCUCACGGAUUGACCAAGCCUACCUGAAGUGUGUGGUUGGCAAUGUUUACCGUGUGGCUGUAGUGGGUGCAGCUGCCUCGGCACUUCGUUCCCUCAAUGAAAGUCAGCGAGAGCAAGCCACUGCCAAUGGGCCCCUGGCACCACUGCUGGCCCUGGCACACAACACCCUACGCAACAGCCCCUUCUUCUGUGAUGACCAAGUGCCACUGACAGACCACCAACACAACACCUGGACAGUAAAUGAUGUCACCUGCCAGGUCAGAGAGAAUUGCCUCACUUUUUUGAGGAUAGCAGCCUUGCUCAAGGCACACCUAAUGGAGGAGAGUUCACCAGUCAUUGCAGACCCCAUAGCUGAGUGUGGUGCCUUGGAGCAGUAUCUAGGGGUGUGGGACACCUGCUCAGUUGUCAACUCUGCCAUAAUGGGGAACAUGUGUGGCACUCAUCAUGCUCGAGAGGUGUCCAGCCCAGUAGAGACCUGGCUUGGGGACUUGGCUGGAGGUGCUCGGGUUUGGUGCAGUGAAGUGGCUGGCUUCGCAUCUCAGGCACAAGUGGCAGCAUCCACACUCCUCACCACUGUCACCUUUGCCCAGCCUCGCCUCCUCCGUCUACCACAUUCUUAUGACGCUAUCUUUCAGUACUACCACAGGAGACAGUGCUCUCAGUGCAACAGUGUACCCAAGGACCCCAGCGUAUGCCUUCUGUGUGGCACCAUUGUAUGUCUGAGGGAGUCGUGCUGCAAGCAACAGGAUGUGUGUGAAUGUGUACAACAUGCUAUUGACUGUGGUGCUGGCACUGCAAUAUUCUUGGUGGUGAAUGCCUCCACUGUCAUAGUGAUUCGGGGGCCCAGGGUCUGCCUCUGGGGAUGCAUUCAUCUCGAUUCUUUUGGGGAAGAGGACAGAGAGCUUAAACGAGGAAAGCCGCUGUACCUGAGCGAGGACCGCUACCGCUUGCUGGAGCAGCAGUGGCUCUCACACUCCUUCAAUCACACCAACCGAAGAUGGAUCUGGCACAGAGAUAUCCUUUGAGGACUCGAAUCAUUGUAAAUGCAAAGAAUAGCCCUGUGUUCUUGAGGUUACAUUGAAGUAAAAGUCUACAUUUUCCUACGAGAAUGAAGUGUACAUUACUUUUAUAUCAGUGGAAUCAGUUUGAGUCAUAAAGCAACAAACUGAUACUCUGGAAAACUUGGCCUCUACUCUGUUUUGUCCACAGCACAUCACAGAUCAUAACUUAUGCAUUUUCCAUGUUAAGAGAAAAGGUUUAAUGCCAUGUAAGCUUGUAAGCAAAGUCCAGUAUUUAUUUAUUUCUGUCUUUAGGCCCAGUGACCAGGUUGAAAUGAACUUGGCAGCUUCACACAUCAGUAGUGACUUCACAUGUUACCAAUAGUGCUUCAGAGGGUUGGCAGGUAUAAUUCUGGGCCUGGAGAUCAGGAACAGUUUUAAUCAGUCCAUCUAAACAGAACUUGGUUGCCAGUGUUUCUUGGAGUAAACUAUUCUUUGCAUUUACAAUGAUUGUAUUUGUUCAUAAUUAGAAUGUCUAUAGUGAUUAUAUGAUGUGCUUUCUUAAGAUUCUGUUUGAUAGUUGACAGGUUAUGUGCUGUCUUGAGUUAUGCAAACCUGCAUCCUUGCUUGUAACCAGCCAUUGUGAUAUUCCUGUCAACUGUUGUGUGUCAAGUCUAGAGGGCACUCUAUUGUUGCCCUCAACGUCUGCAGCAUUGGUGGUUUGGCCGCCCCUCGUAGCAACUUGCAACGAACUUUCAUUCUUGUUUGAAUGUUCUUUGUGAAAAAAGUUUAACACCAUUUAUUCAAGUGAUUUCUUUAGAGCUUUAUAAUAUUCAAGUUAAUCAAGCAACAUUGUUAAUGCAGGUAUGCCUUUUGGGCAUUUAUUGAAAUAGCCAUUUUGGGGCAUUUUAAGUAAAGCUACCAUUUAGACAAUAGUUUACUAAAGAGUGAUGCUAACACCCUGUUUGAAUUCAAAGGUUUGGUUACAGAAGUCGGUGCUUUUGUUAUGCAAGUUUUCAUUGGAAACCUUUCCAAAGUUUCAGCCCACAGUGAGUGAACGAGGCGGUGGCAGUGCUGUGUUGGGGUCUGGGUCACCUAAGUGUUGAAUGUGACCCACCUCAACAUGGCCAAAGAGAUUCACUGUUGUAAGUCUAUUACUUCUCAUGAGAGCUCAAGUAACAUUUAAGUAUAUUCUGUAGAAAGCUGAUCUUUCCUAUACAUUGUUAAGAGGAAACCAUUACAUGGUUUUCAGUGUAUAUUUUAGCCAACUUACUUAUAAUACACUGUUAAUAUAGUCACAGUAUUAUGACAAGAACAUUAAUGGCAUAAAAUUUUAUAGUCAAAAGGCUGCUGAUUAAAAAAGAAUUCACUUGCAUGACUUCUUGAGUACUAUUUAAUUUAUUUGUUGUUGGCUCAUCAGAUGUGCUGAAUCUAAGAGUUGUCCUGCAUACUAGUGGUCAUCCCCACACUUUUAGUAAAAUCUGUGCUUAUAUAUUUAUAAAUAGCAAAUAUAUGCCUACAUGUACAUUUUAAAAUGGAAUGGACUGUUAACUUUGUAUAUUGAUUUUAUGUAUAUUUUUCCUACGGUCUAGUACUGUACUAUAUUGUGACUAAGGAAAGUAUUCAACAUGAUAUUUAUUUUUCAACUGUCAGUUUUAAAUGGUUUGAAUUGACUGAAGUCCCUGCCUUCUAUUUUUCACACACAAUGGAGCCAAUAUUUACAUCAAUAUCACAAGUCUUUGAGAGAAAUGUCUGUGUGGUGCAUUGACAUGGCAGAUGCUGUAAUGUUGUUCACCCUUCAAGCAGCUUCAUUAACAAGCUAAAGAAAAAAAUAAUGUAAAAACUGUGGAAGACUUUUUUCUCUUCAGUAACUGGUUGUGAGGAUUUAUCUUUAAGUAUUCAAAGAUCUGAAGUAAGUCUUCAUUUUGAAUUUAUGUAAGUUUAGCACAUUAUUAGUCUUCAUAAUUGUGCCAGCUGUGGACUCUCAGAAGCUUUUUUUUUUCAGACUCAUUUACUGCCCUUCAAAUACACACAUACAGUGAUCCAUCUCCUGAGCUCCAAGCUCAUUCAGGGAGGGUACUGGCUGGCUAUCUCAAGUCUAGCAUGUGAUCACACACACACACACACUCUGGAUCUGGAUUAAUGAUGCACAGGGCACCCGUACAGGUGCAUAACACACACACACACACAAAAGAUAGUAUCAGGCCAACAACACUGUAUCCACACAACUCAUGUGCUAAACUUUCAUUCAGGUAAUAUUUCAUAAGGUCAAUGUGAAUCCCUCCAUGGGCAUAAGUUAUACAGGUAUCUUUUGCAUUUUUUUUUCUUUUUAUUAUUAUUAUUAUCGGACAAAUAUUAUGCUUAUCAGUUGUAAUGUUAAAAAGGUGACCGAGUGAUCAUUACUCUUUUUGUGUUAAAACGUGAAUUUUCCUCCAUUUUCAUUAUCUACUGUUACACAAGUAUUUGUUUGUUUGUUUCAUUAAGAAAUUCACAGUGCUUAGGCAUAAUGCACUCAGUGUACACCAAAACAGUGGUCUCUGCUAAAAUCUGAAGAGAAACAGCAUAUGAGCAGUUUUGUAUUGUUAAUAUUACUGUGGUGAUAUGAACUUGAGAGACAUC